CAUAGGCACUAUCCACUCGCCAUAAACCAGGGCUCUCAACCUCAACCGGCCGUCUCAAGCUCAUCGUGUUCGAUACGCGUGUGUUUUUGUCGUUGGCCAGUUUUAACAAACCCAGCACAAUGGCCCAAGAGGACAGCUCAUCGAUCUUCAACGCCGUCACAUACAAAGAACUGGACUACUACUUUGAGGCCGUCACUAGUUUGAAGGUGAGGAUGGAUUGCCUGGCCCUGCCCGUGCUAUAUGAUAUCAGCAGUGAUGUCUAUCCUCACACCGGUCACCUCGCUGGAGAUGCCUACAGGAAGCCAUGGAUCAGAGGAAGUGUUAUCUCAACCUGCAAGCUGUCGGUGAAUGUAUGUAUACUGGAUGACCCAAGAAGAAAGGAACAGCCAGUUCAUCUGCCUUUGGAAAGGUUAAGGAAUAAAGGAGAGCUGAUAGAUGUGGUACCAAGUCCAGAUCAAAACUCCCAGCAAGGUUUUGACCAGGACGCGUUAGCAAGACUCUUACAGGACUCAAACUGUUUCACACCAAGGCAAGAACGCUUUUACAAGAGCACAACUGACCUCAUGUCAGUCACAUAUAACAACAAGGAUCUCCUGCUAGAAGAGGUCCUGGGGCCUCUCGCUGUCUUGAAGAGUCACUUGCACACGCUGAAAGCCAAGCUGUCAAGUCUGAGUAGGAUUCAAGUAUUAGACCCUCUCCUCAACACAAGCAUACUCUCAGAGGAUUUCAUACUCAGGCAUUGUGCACCUUAUGAGAUCCCUCCUUAUGCAGACAAUAAAGAAUUUACAACCAGCUCACACGUACAUGAAGAGUUCCACACAGAGGCUGUGCUCAAUCAUGAUUCUCUACUAUUACCAGUUGGUCUGGAAAUACUCUACCUCUACAGAGAGAAUUACUGCAGCUUGAGCAUUGAACAGGUCCUGAAAGUUGCUCCCGAGCUCCUGGAGUAUCAAGUCUCAACACUUAAUGUGCUUCGUAAGGCUAACCUUCAAGCUUCACAGCUGGCAGUGGACAUUAGCCGGCUUAAUCCAAUAAAGGAGACGGCUUCUGAUAUUAAGAUGGUUGGAGACCCCUUAGGCUCUAUAGGACACAUGGUUCUUUCUACUGCGUUGGAACUGGACCUGCCUCUGACACCCCCUACCCAGGCUGGUUUAACCCUGCUCUGGCUGUCUGGCACUCAGCUCCCUCUGGAACAACUGUCCCUGCUCCACAGACCAUCUUUAGUCUCACCGAGAGAUCAGCAGGAGAUGGAGCUGUAUGUCUGGAAAGCAGAGAAGCACCUCAACUGUGUACUGGGCUUUCUGUUGACUGAACCACAAACACACAAUCCAGCUGUGGAGUUCUACCCUGUGUCCAAUGCCCUGAAGGAGCUGAAUAAGGAGAUUUUGGUCUGUGUUCAUGGCAGCAGUGAUGCUAUCCUACAGUCACAGAUGCUGUGGGUGAAAGGAGUACCUGGGUUGUGUUUUAGCUGCUGUGAGUUCACAGAGAACCUGACCUCUGGAUCUUCCAGCACCAAGGAGCCUACCAUGGAAGACUUCACAGCACUGUCUCCUGAACACAUUGAAAAUAUUCUGACAGCACAGGAAAAGGAUAGUGUGCCCGAAGUGUCAAUCAAAGGGGUGAAAUCCAUCUUGAAGAAAGGAGUUCCAUCAGAUCAACCAGCAAUACCUAUGAACUUUGAUACGUCCACAUGUGCUGUCAGAAAAAAUAAAGUCAAUGUUGUAAGCCAAGUUCAUCAGAGCUUCAUGGUCCUAACUAAUGAAAAACAAAUAGAAACCUCUGCGCUGCUGCCAGCAGUUAGUGUUUCCAAUUCAACGGCCAAAGAGAAAUUUUUAGUAUGUGAAACCACAUUCCUGGAUCUGAAGGACACUUCCAGACAUGUAACCAGACCUGCCACCCGUAACCAGAGCCAACCCAGUUUCUGCACUUCCUUUGGUGCUGAACGUGCCAAAUCCGCCCAUCUUUUGUUGAGAAACAAUAAGAGGAGUCUCCUGGCAGAGAAAGAUCCAGACCCUCUGUCCACCUUUAUGAUGCUCCGGUCCCAGCAGACAUCCCCUGACCCUGUAUUACCCCAGCCAUGCCCCGGAUACACAGAAGGACCAAGAGUGCAGCAGCCAACUCCAGCAAAACCUCAGUCACACCAUAUCCUGGGACCCCACGGCUGGCCCAUGGUGAGGACUGGGGUUGUCGCAAGUCACUCAGCCCCAGUCCAAGAGACAGAGGCUCAACCGCCCAGUCAGGCCCUUCCUGGUCCCCCGCUUAUUCAGGACAGACAGGAAGGAAGAGUUGCAUGUGUUGAAGCCACAGAGAGUGUGUGGCGUGCGUACUGUGAGCUGUUGGCCGUCGCCCAGCCCAGUCUGUCCAGGGCCAGGGAGCUGGGGCUCAGCUGCCCGGCCUGGGGAGACUUCAGCAGCAUCACCCCUGACCAGACCCGCUUCGUCCUCAGACAGCAGGAGAAGGAGCUCUGCAGGCAGCAAGGAGAAGUUCAGAGAGAUAAAGAGCUGCUGUUCAACCAGACGGCCCUGAUCCAUGUUCUGGUGACCUUCAAAGACAUGAUGCUUCAGUGUGACCUCAUCACAGCUGUGGAGUACCUGACCCAGGCUGCCAUAGCGUGUUCAGGCCAGCGCCUAGAGCAGCUGGUGAAGCGACUGCAGGUGGUGGUUUAUCUCAGCCACCGGAACCAGGAGCCCAACCCCAAGCUUCUGGAGCUGCAGGACCAGCUGCUCUCGUGGCUCCAGAGCAGACACAGCUCCUCGGACAAGGUUCUAAUCUUAACAACAGUUGAUAGUGACACCACAGCCACAAUAGUGCAAGCCCUGAACCAAGCUACAGGUGAGGCUGCUACUGCAAUUGGUCCCGAGGAGGGCCAGCCCAAGCUUAAUGGCGCCACGGUGACCAACAGUGUGUGUGGGGUGGUGUGCGUUGUGGCGUGUGGUCAGCACAUAGGAGCAGACUUCCCCUGGCCGUGCUUCUCCCUGGUGGUGGAGUACGACCGCCCGGGACAUUCCCCGUGGGGAGCACUCUGCAAGGAGAAGAACAUCCAUCAUCUCUGCCUCCUCACCAGCCUGCCCCGCCGGGAGGUCCCGUCAGCCUGUCUGGAGGAAAGCGUACCAUUUGUGCUGCUGGUCACAGAUGGACUCCUGAACAGCCCUCUGCUCCUCCAAACACUGGAGACCAGACACAACAUCAGUGUUUUGGAGCGGAGCUACUCACCAGCUCUGCAGUUGUUUGGAGGAACACAGCACUAUGUGAUUGUCACUGUCAACGAAAGCACUGCAAUUGUUAUCCAGGACCAGGAGGAGCUGGGCCAUGCUGGCUACAGUGAGCGUUUUGUGAUGAGGCUAACUGCUCUGUCUCUACAGUACAGCCGCUGCUGGCUCAUCCUGCACUGUCCAGAUAGCAAGGCCGGAGGACUAUCCAGUGAAGCCUUCAGCAGCCUGGUGUUGGUCUACUCAUCUCUGGUUCUGUUUGGUAUGAGGUCUGAGGACCUAGACGUCAAGGUCCUUAUGGUGUCAGAGGUGGCGGACAUGGCCCAGUGGGUUAGCCGGAUCUGCUUCCACAGCCUCAUGUCCAGCAAAAGGGAGCCAAGCGUCUACCUGGACUUGCACUGGCUGGCUGUCAUGCCUUCAGAGGAGGACUGCUCUUUGCUGCUGUUCCCGUGUGUGAACCCUCUGGUCAGUCAGCUGAUGCUGAGGAGGGCCCCUUCCCUGGCAUGGCUUCUGGGGGCCGAGCUCUCUGAGCUGGAACUGCUGCUCCCUGAAGUCCCUCACAAAGUACUCAAGCUUUUCAGCGACACCACGACCCUGUACCAGCUAGGAACGGAGCCAUCCUCUCCAGACAUACUCCCACACCACACUCAGACCAGCCUCAGGGAGCCCAGGAGACCCUGGACCUCUGGGGCUUAUAACACCCUUCCAUCCACACCAAUAAACCAACAAUCAGAACCCAGCACUGCCGACCCUGCCAUCCACUUCCUGUUCAGGGAAAAGCCAAUAGAAACCAGCUACAGUGAGCCAGAGCCCAGCUUGGCUAUGCUGGACAUAAACGCAGUCUUCCAAGCCGAUCAGAGUGUCUUGUUUGGCGGGUCCACCUCUCUCCAGGGUGCAUGGGCCAGAAAAGAGCCAUGGCAAGAUGAGAAGGAGGUGGAGGAGGAGGUGCAGCCCCUUCAGAGUGAAGUGGACGACUGGAUCCAGAGGAUCCUAAGGAACUCUGUAACCUCACCCUAUCACCCACACACCACUGGAUCCUCACCCUACCACCCACACACCACUGGAUCCUCACCCUACCACUUUCACACAACUGGAUCCUCACUCUAUCACCCUCAAACCACUGGAUCCUCACCCUACCACCCUCAAACCACUGGAUCCUCACCCUACCACCCUCAAACCACUGGAUCCUCACCCUACCACCCUCAAACCACUGGAUCCUCACCCUACCACCCUCAAACCACUGGAUCCUCACCCUACCACCAUCACACCACCGGAUCCUCACACUGGUACUGUGUGCCAGGUGCGAGGCCCCCGGAAGAGACCCCGGCGUGGGGAAGCAGUGUCCACAGUAGUGGCGUUAGCAGGGGGGCCAUGGGCAUCUCCCCAGGCUAUGGCUCGCGGUGCUGGACGAUGGGACUGGAAAGGAAGAGGAGCGGGGUGGCAGCCGGCCUGGUGGACACAGUGCUGCCGCCAUUGAAGAGGGGAAGACUUGGCUUUGAGAAGGUGCCGGGCAGGUGUGAUGGGCAGACAAGACUAAGGUUCUUAAAAUAACAAUUAGACCUCAGUUUAUCCCACCAUAUACAAAAGAGACUGGGACCUUCUAACGCAGUUUAUCUUCAAUUAGCCCAUUAAUUAUUACACUAUUUUGUUAUUUAUUUAUAUAAUAAUAAUAUUAAUAAAAAUAAACACGGAUCAAAUGCAUACUUUGAAGUAUGUCCCCCUA